AUGGGCGGGGCGGUGGGUAAUCAAGCCAUGGAGCCAUGGAGCGAGGAGCUAUGGAGCAAUUGCAAAUCUAAGAGGGUCGAGGAUCGCCUUUGCAGCAGACGGAUCGUGCCAAGGGUACGACACAGCACCAAGGCGGACAUGAUAUGCGCCAGCCCCAAGUUCCAAAUCCACCAUCAGGGUGGUGAGGGCGGCAUGGUGGGGCCUGCACCAAAAGGGCUCCCUCUACCAGCUGCUCCCUCCCACAUCCGUUGCCCAAGUCAGCCGUGGGUCGAAGUUGUCGUCACAGUGCGUGCGUGUGGAUGGAUGGACAUGGACUGGGCAUGGUACAUGGAGGGCGCGCGCGCGCGGGAGAAGGAGGGCUGCUUCGAGAAGGUGACAGCAUUGCCAACUUCUAGCCACUCGCAACGCUUCUACUAUCACAUACUUCCGGAACCCAGUCCCGUGACGGCCGUCAGACUGGAAACUGGUGCGGGUGGGAUACUUGGCAUGCGGCGGGAACCAAGUGGCAUGAUGAAGAGGAUUCCGAGUUGCCCACUCUGCGCUAGGCCGGAUGCGGGCGAGCAGCGGAUGCUGCAAUGGCUGCUCCGGCUGCCCCCUGAGUGGUCGAGUGCCGUGCGCCACGCAUCAUGGACACGGCAUUGUCAUUUGCAGCAUGCAGUCACGACCGAGCGGCCGGCCGGUCCAGCUUGGAAGCCUGCUGGUGCUGUUGCUACGGCACAUGAGGCGGGCGCAUGGCUUCGCCACAUAAAGCGCGUCACUGUCGUCCAAUUCCGCGGCUACGGCACAGUCAGCCCCACGUGUCGUCGACAGGGUCAGCCCUUCUUGCCCUCCGUGCCUUCCUCUCUCCAAGCGCUUGGACCUGCAUUACUCACAACAUCACACACAUUCUUCCCUACACCGGUUCACAAACAAGCAAAGCCACCACCGAGAAAAAACAACAUCGUGCGACGUUUGGGGACACAUGCAGGACCCCUUCUGUUGUCCUGCACUCCAAGACUUGCCCGUCACAUGUCUGCUGCCCAGGGCACCAAACGUCAUACUCCAUCUGCCGUGCCAUGGCCACUAUCGACCCUUCUCCACUUUGUCUCACUCACCCAAGUCGCCGUCCGCGGACCGUCUCUGCGAAUAGACUAACUGGCUAGAGCCCCGACAAAAUGUCCACAUGGCGGCUCUCUUUGGCCAGGCCUUUUUUUCCUGCUGCUGCUUGCAAUCCAGAGCGCACACUCCUGGAACCUCGCCAUAAAAUCCUUUGCUAUUGACAAUGGGAUCGCCCCCCUCUCUCUGUUGACGUCCUUGAUUCCCAAACCAGCCUUUUGCAAUUUCCGACACGGCCCAAAUAUGUCCUGACCGUGCCUUUGUAGUACAG